UUAAUAUCUGUAAUUGGUAUACCAAAAAUCAAUUGGUAUAUUUACUUAUACAACAUUGUGUAUGGUUUGUGGUUCGUCUUCUAGGUGAUUACUGUUGACGCGAGGCUUGAUCUUGCUUGGCAACAUCACUGGGACAGGGACUACUCAAUGAAUCACUAGACUGUGUUUUAUAAAUAUAUUGUGGUAAUUUGGAACCACGGACAUGGUACACUUUACGGCAUUUCGGGCCCUUGUGGCCGCGGCUUUAGCUGCUUAUAUCGGAUUUGAGAAAGCAUCUGCUGGUUUUUUAGAUGUGACUACGCGAAUUAAGGCUGGACAAAAGGUCUGCUUGGUAGAGCCUAUUAGCAAGGAGAUGUACACGCAUAUUACUGUGCGUCCUAUUGAUGUGAAGGACAAUAUGGGCGUUGCGGUUGUGAUUAGGGAGGAGGGUGGUGACAAGCCUAUUUACGAGGAGUCUAACCUUAUGAAUCACUUAUCAGUUUCUUUUACUGCUGUUCAUGGUUUAUCGGUUGUUUGUUGCAUUUCUGCUUCCAAGUAUGACAUUUAUGUAGCUCUGGCUAUUAAAUCUGGCGCUGAUGCUCGGGACUACUCCAUCAUUGCUAAGAGCUCUCACAUGGACCCUGUUGACGCUCAUCUUCAGAAUGCCAUUGAUGAGUUCAGUGCCUUUCACAAGGCUCAGAUCACUGGUAGUCGCGCUAUGGAUCGCACGAGUAAGCGGGCUGCUGAUGCGUACCGCUUGCUUACUAAGUUUGCUAUUGCUAACAGUGUGUUCGUCGUCAUUUGUACGAUAUGUUUCAUUUUAUACUUCCGGAGCUUCUUCCUUUCUAAGAAGGUUAUGUAGCUCUAUGAAAUUCUAGGAA